CGCCCCUGUGUGAAGACAUUGGCUGGGACCGCUCGGCAUGGCCUACGGGCUGCCCAGGAAGAACACGGUGCGGAGCAUCCUACGGGGCAGCUGCUACAGCGCACAGGAACCUUGGGAUCUUGCUCUGCUUACAAAGACCUGGUACUCGAACCUAGUUAGCUCCAGAUUGCCCUUUUUGGGAGAAAUUGCAUAUGGGAGUCCCUUGGAGCUGGCCAAAUGUGAAACCAAGGAGGAGCUGCUGCCUUCAGAGGAAUCCAUCAAACUCGAAAGGAAGUAUGAAACGAAGUGCCUGACUAAACUGAAAUUUCAAGAAAAUGCAUCUGAGGAAAUUCAAAUGUCCCUAAGAGCAAGAGAAGUUGGUCUGAGAAGACCUCUGCAACCUAAGUGACAGGUGUGCCACGUUGGAGUCUUUGCUCCAGUUCCUGUGUUGGGUGGGAUGAAG